CGGUGCCACCGGGCGGGUAGUGGGGCGACUGGGGUUCGAGCUGGGCCGCUGAGGCUGGGUCUGCCCUUGGCGAGACGAGCGAUGGCCGGGGGUUGCUGGGCUCGGGCUCCCGGCUUCCCGCUGCGAAUGCUGCUCCUGGCGGCGGCGGCGGCGCUGUGCGUGGGGGCCGGGGACGGCCGCUGCGGCUACUACGAGUUGUGCCCGGCUACCCAGCCCUCCAUGCUCAAUGUGCACCUCCUGCCCCACACCCAUGAUGAUGUCGGCUGGCUCAAGACUGUGGAUCAGUAUUACUAUGGAGUCCGAGAUGGCAUUCAGCAUGCUGGGGUGCAGUACAUCUUGGACUCAGUGGUAUCAGCUCUGCUGGCCAACGAGUCUCGUCGCUUCAUCUACGUUGAGAUCGCUUUCUUCUCCUACUGGUGGAAGCAGCAGACGGCCCAGAGGCAGCAGGAAGUGCGACAGCUAGUCUGCCAGGGGAGGCUGCAGUUUGCCAACGGAGGCUGGGUCAUGAAUGAUGAGGCUACCACAUACUACGCAGCCAGCAUUGACCAGAUGACUUUGGGGCUAAACUUCCUGAAAGACACCUUUGGGGACUGCGGCCGCCCUCGAGUAGCCUGGCACAUCGAUCCCUUCGGCCACUCGAGGGAGCAGGCUUCCCUCUUUGCCCAGAUGGGCUUUGAUGGCUAUUUCUUUGGCCGUCUGGAUUAUCAGGACAAGAAGAGGAGGAAGAUUCAGAAAGAGAUGGAGCAGGUCUGGAGAGCAAGUACCAGCUUACAGCCUCCUCAAGCCGACCUCUUCACUGGCGUCCUACCCAAUGGCUACAACCCACCCCCGGAUCUCUGCUGGGAUACGCUUUGCUUUGACUUCCCGCUGGUGGAUGAUCCCGAGAGCCCAGAAUACAACGCCAAAACACUGGUCAACUAUUUCCUGAACAUCUCUGUCCUCCAGGCACAACAUUACCGCACUAACCACAUUGUGAUGACCAUGGGGAGUGAUUUCCAUUAUGAAAAUGCCAAUAUAUGGUUCAAGAACAUGGAUAAGCUGAUUCAGAUGGUCAAUGCUCAGCAAAGCAAAGGGAGCCAGAUCAACGUCCUCUACUCUACCCCUGCCUGUUACCUCUGGGAGCUGAACAAGGCCAACCUCACCUGGUCAGUGAAGCAGGAUGACUUCUUCCCAUACGCAGAUGGCCCCCACCAGUUCUGGACUGGCUACUUCACCAGCCGCCCUGCCCUCAAGCGUUAUGAGCGCCUGAGUCAUAAAUUUCUACAGGUUUGUAAUCAGCUAGAAGUACUGGCUGGGCCUGCAGCCUUAGCGGGACCCUAUGGACAAGGUGGCAGUGCUCGCCUCAGACAAGCCAUGGCUGUGGCCCAGCACCACGAUGCUGUCACUGGCACAUCCAAGCAGCACGUGGCCAAUGACUAUGCCCGGCAACUGGCUGCAGGCUGGGAGAGAUGUCAGGUGCUGGUGAGCAACGCUUUGGCAAGCCUCGGGGGCUCCAAGGAAGAUUUUGUGUUCUGUAACCAGCUGAAUAUCAGUGUGUGCCCACUGACCCAGACAGCCAGCCAAUUCCAGGCUGUUCUGUAUAAUCCCCUGGCAUGGAGCGUCACCUGGACUGUGCGACUGCCUGUCAGUGAUUGGGCCUACCACGUGAGAAGUCCCAGUGGGCAGACAGUGCCCAGCGAGGUUAUUGAUGUGUCUGCUGAAAGAUCAAAGAAUUUCCAUCCUGAGUUGAUUUUUCCAGCUUCAGCUCCUCCCCUGGGCUUCAGCAUCUAUUCAGUGACUCGUCUGCCUAGCAAAACACCCAGAUUCAGGGAUUGUUGCGCUGUCCCUGUGGCCCAGAGUUCUGACCCCCUGGUCAUCCAGAAUGAGCAUCUCCGGGUUACAUUUGAUCCAAACACUGGGUUGCUACAGGAGAUCGAAAAUCUUGACCAGGGCUUGCGGUUGCCAGUCAGUCAGGCCUUCUACUGGUACAAUGCCAGCAGUGGGGACUUCACACACCCACAGGCCUCUGGGGCCUACAUCUUCAGGCCAGACAAAACAAAACCAUUUCUUCUGAGUCACUGGGUCAAAACCCGUCUAGUAAAGAAAGCCCUGGUGCAGGAGGUCCAUCAGAACUUCUCUGCCUGGUGCUCCCAGGUUGUGCGGCUGUACCCUGGGCAGCGGCACGUGGAGCUGGAGUGGACUGUCGGGCCAGUGCCUGUGGGGGAUGGCUGGGGGAAGGAAAUUAUCAGCCGCUUUGACUCCCAGCUGAAGACCAAUGGGCGCUUCUACACUGACAGCAACGGACGGGAGAUCCUGGAGAGGAGGCGGGAUUAUCGGCCCACGUGGGACUUAAACCAGACCGAGCCUGUGGCUGGCAACUACUACCCCGUCAGCAGCCGCCUCUACAUCACGGAUGGGCGGGUCCAGCUGACGGUGCUGACAGACCGGUCCCAGGGGGGCAGCAGCCUGAAGGAUGGUUCCUUGGAGCUGAUGGUUCACCGGCGCCUGCUCUUGGAUGAUAACCGAGGGGUGGGGGAGCCCCUGCUGGAGCCCGGGGAUGAGCCUGGCGUGGGGCUGGUGGUGCGGGGCAGGCACCUGGUGCUCCUGGACACAGUCGAGGCGGCAGCUGCUGGACACCGUCUCCAGGCCCAGAGGGAAGCACUGGCCCCCCAGCUGGUGCUGGCCCCUGCAGGGAAGGGCACCCCCUACAGCCCGGGCAGCCCUGCACUCACACAGUUUUCUGGACUCCGGAGAGAGCUCCCCCCUGCUGUGCACCUGCUGACCCUGGCCCGCUGGGGCCCCAGCGCUGUCCUGCUGCGCCUGGAGCACAUUUUUGAGCGUGGGGAGGACAGGAUGUUCAACCUGUCCCAGCCAGUGACUCUGGACCUGCAGGAUCUGUUCUCAGCCUUCACCAUCACCCACCUGGAGGAGACCACUCUGUCGGCUGACCAGCUACUCUCCAAGGCCACCCGGCUCCAGUGGAGGACCAGCCCAGGAGGAGGCCCUGCUCCUCUGCAGCCAGCCCCCGCCCUGGACCCCUCAGCUGUCACUCUGCAGCCCAUGGAAAUCCGCACCUUCCUGGCCUCUGUCACCUGGAGCAAGGAGAGGGAGAGAUGAGGAUGUGAGCCCAGAGCCGGCCCCCUCCGAGCAGGCCCUCCGUCCACAGGCUGGACAGAAGGAGCCUCCCCGCUGGGCACUCGUGCUCACCAAAAGGACUUUCCUGGCUGCUCCUGCCGCCACCCAGUGAAGGCAUUAAAGUGUCAGUGACUGUG